AUGGUGUAUGACACUGAAGACAACAAGCAUGAUAUCUCACCGAAGAUAGAAGAUGUUUCAACAGCGAUGGAAACAUCGACCGAUCAACCAUUGGAUGAUAUGUUGAUUAAGAAAUUCGAGCCUCCGGAUGAUGAAACAAUAGAAUAUCGAUCAUUUUGUUUCCCAUCUGAUAUUAAAACUGAACCCGAAUCAAUUGAUGAGUCAAAUGAAGUAUACUUUGAUCCGAAAGAAUGGCUAAUCAAUGAUAAUAAUUCUGGCAAAGUUCGAGCACCGCGACAAAAUGAAUUCCUUUAUUUCCUAUUGGAAGAUUCUCGUUAUUCAUCUUAUCUAUCAUGGUUAGAUCGUAAUGAAGGCUUAUUUAAAAUUCAUCAACCUGAACGCGUCAUUGAACUUUGGACGAAAGUGAAAAAUCGACAGACAAAUGGAACUAUGGACUACGAUACAUUCGCGCGUGGCUUGAGAUACUAUUAUCAAUUAGGAACCAUGAUAAAGACACACCGAAAAUACACAUUUCGUUUUAAAAUGUUAGCAAACGAGGCAUUGUAA